AAAAAAAAAAAAAAAAAACACAGCUGAAGCUAAGACCUUGCAUUGAGUCAUAGGUUGGGAGAGUUCGGGUUCCGUCGUAAAACUCCUGAAAUGAUGGCUUCAGCUUCAACACCGACAUAUAAUUCAAACUCCUUAGAAAACAACAGCAGUAAGAAUGCAUCAAGCGAGAGUCUCAGAAUGGAACCUCUAGCAGAUGUGCCGCAGUUACCAGGGGAAGAAAGAGUAACAGAUAAAGACAUCAUCUAUAUUUGUCCAUUUAAUGGUGCUGUCAAAGGGAAAGUGUCCAUUACAAAUUAUAGGCUUUUCUUCAAGAGUUUUGAAGUGGAUCCCGCCAUGACCGUCGAUGUGCCUCUUGGAGUCAUCAGCCGGAUUGAGAAGAUGGGCGGGGCCUCCAGUCGAGGGGAGAAUUCCUACGGGUUGGACAUCACCUGCAAGGAUAUGAGGAACUUGAGGUUUGCCUUGAAACAAGAAGGACACAGCAGGAGAGACAUUUUUGAGAUCCUUUUCAAAUACGCCUUUCCACUUUCACAUGGUUUGCAAUUGUUUGCCUUUUUAAGCCAGGAGAAGUUCUCUGAAAAUGGGUGGAACGUUUACAACACCAUUGUGGAGUAUCGGAGACAGGGCUUACCCAACAACAAAUGGAGAAUAACCUUUCUGAAUAGAAAGUAUGAGCUGUGUGACACCUACCCUACCGUCCUCGUGGUGCCUUUCAAAGCAACUGAUGAAGACCUGAGGAAAGUGUCAGCCUUCAGAUCCAGAAACCGGAUACCUGUGGUGUCGUGGAUUCACCCUGUGAAUCAGGCGGUUAUCAUGCGUUGCAGCCAGCCUCUGGUGGGAAUGAGUGGGAAGCGCAACAAAGACGACGAGCGCUACCUGGAUACCAUCAGAGAUGCCAACGGACAGACUGCCAAACUCGCCAUCUACGACGCAAGGCCCAAUGUCAACGCAGUCGCCAAUAAGGCCACAGGGGGCGGAUAUGAAGGAGAGGACGCCUAUCAGAACGCAGAACUGGUCUUCCUGGAUAUCCACAACAUUCACGUCAUGAGGGAGUCGCUGAAGAAGCUCAAAGACAUUGUCUACCCACAAGUGGAAGAGGCACACUGGCUUUCCAGCCUGGAGUCCACACACUGGCUAGAACACAUCAAGCUGGUCUUAGCAGGGGCUAUCCAGGUGGCAGACAAGAUCUCAUCUGGUAACUCGGUGGUAGUGCACUGCAGCGAUGGCUGGGACCGCACUGCACAGCUCACCUCCCUCUCCAUGCUCAUGCUGGACAGCUACUACAGGACCAUGAUUGGCUUCCAAGUGCUUGUGCAAAAGGAGUGGAUCAGCUUUGGACACAAAUUUUCUUCUAGAAUCGGUCAUGGGGACAAGAAUCACACCGAUGCAGACCGGUCUCCGAUUUUCGUGCAGUUUAUUGACUGUGUGUGGCAGAUGACAAAACAGUUUCCUACAGCGUUCGAGUUCAAUGAACUGUUCUUGAUGACAAUUCUGGAUAACCUGUACAGCUGUCGGUUUGGGACAUUCCUGUACAACUGUGAAAGUGUCAGAGACAGCAUGGAGGUGAAAGAGAAGACAGUUUCUUUGUGGUCUAUGAUCAACAGUGAAAACGGAAAGUACAUUAACCCCUUUUACACCAAAGAAUCGAGCCAGGUGCUGUACCCUGUAGCCAGCAUGCGCCACCUAGAGCUCUGGGUGAGCUACUACAUCCGGUGGAACCCAAGGAUCAGACAGCAACAGCAGAACCCAGUGGAACAGCGCUACAUGGAGAUGCUGGCCCUCCGAGAUCAGUACUUGAAAAAGCUGGAGGAGCUCCAUAUCUCGGACUCCCCCCACAUCGCCAACAACUCCAGCUCACCUUCGUCCCCCACGCAGCUGGUCCACCACGUACAGACUCAGCUUUGAAAAAGUGCAAACCUGUAAAUAAUAUGCAAUACAUCACUCUAUACGCCUUCACGUUUAGACCAAAAAAAAAAAGCCUUAAAAAAACAAAAACAAAACAUUGUCUUCUGAACUUAAGGAGGACCUUGAGUUGCACUAGAUGCAGUCUGUGCCUUGAUCUUGAUUUCCCUCAGUUCCACCUUUUUAAUGGGUUAUUUGAAGUUGUAUUUAAAUAUAGUGGGAGUGAGGGGCUGUCAAUGAUAUAGAGAAGUUACAUUUUAAGUGAUUGGCCCCUGCACAAUAUAACUGUAGCCCAAGGUUAAUUUUUUUUAUUAUAAGUUGGGAAGCUGUUUUUGGCAGAUAGCGGUGAGAUGGAGAAAGAGUUUUUUUUUUUUUUUUACGGUUGUUUUGUAUUUACCUCAGUAAUUUACUGUUAAGUCCUGUAGUUUGUAAAUUUUAGGUAUUUUAUUUAGUGUAAAGCUCAAUAGUUUUGUAAAAAAAAAAAAAAAAAAAUAGGUUCUUUAAAAAAAAAAUAGGCAAGAAGUAGAAUUUAACUUUUGUAAAUGUACUGUUAUAGAUGUAAUACCCCUAUAAAAAUGAUUAAUGCAUUGUGUAAGCGCUGCUGGACCCUGGUGAUUUCAGUUGAGGGGGGCAGCAGGUUCACCAAUAGCUGUUUAGUGCAUUUAUUUUCUGUGGGGGGGAUUGUGGAGUUUUUUUAAUUGUAUGUUUACAUAGGAUUACCAUUUAAUGAGAAUAUAUUCUGCCUUAUAGUAAAAUUAAACUAGAAGUACUAUAUUGUUAGGCGGGCCUGGACGUUGUAAAUAAUUCUGAUUGAAGUUAAUAUAAAAGUAAGUAAGGUUUAGUUUGCUUUGAAGAGGCCUGUAAUGAGAUCUAAAGAUUUGCUAUGAAAGUUUUGGAGAAGCCAGAGCCUCAUUCUUCUGUAGUGCAAUGAGCUCCUGAUUUUGAAAGAUGGUAGGUUUGUAGGAACGUGAUCUUUGUGUUUUGGGUAAAAAACAUAAGUUGCAUAGUGUGGAUUGCAUUUUUUAAAACGAAAAAACAAAGAAAGAUAAUUUAGUGAUGGGACAAACAAGAGACAACAAAAGAAUAUUAAAAUAUUGUAAAGGUUUGUAGCUGAAAAUAUAUGAAAAUGCACCGCUUUGUUACAGGAAAUCGGUGCUAUUCAAUUCAGUGUCUUUGCAGGCCUCUUUGGGGUUGUUCCAGAAAAUGGCACCUAACAAAUGAACCUUUAGGAGCUGCAGAACCACACACUGGACACACACUGGUAUUGUCUUACAUGGUUAGGGUUGGCCGUUGAUAUAAACCUGUUUGAAUGAAAACUACAAUUUUAGAUUUAGCCAACACUAGGCUAGCUGCAGGUGAAGCCCUCCAUAUGUGUUUGCAAGCAAACCACUGUGUAUCGUAUUCAAUGGCAUUCUAAUGCUUCUCCUUAAUUCUAACAGUACCAUAUGUCAGUGUAAAAUAAACCCACCAAUUUUUAGUCACACAGUCCUUUUAAUAUUUAAACAUUUAUGUAUGCAAGUCAUGGUCAAAGUGGUUGCAGUGCAGCUGAGGCCUAACAUGUCCAAAGUUUUGUGUAAAUUACCGUGCUCUAGACCAAAGGAAAAGCAUAUUAUUAUUAUUAAUUUUUUCCCUCUGGUGCAUUACUGUCAAGCAGUAUUUUUUUCUUCCUGAAGACCUUUCAAUAAAUGUUUGUUU